GUAAGUAUUAUGGAACUGAGGAAGCAUGUUGUAACGUCUUCACGUGUCCAAACUUAGAACCACUGCCGCCUGGAUAAACUUUCUCCAUCUUCAAUUGAGUGUAGGAGUAGCAGUAUUUCAUAAUCUCUUGUUGCCGUGCUUCAUCUUCACAGAUAAUUGGAAGAAAAAGAUUUAAAUCCACAAGUGCAUUGGCAUAAUUAGAUGGAAAUGUUUGAAAAGUAGCUUAUGAACACUAUAAGAUGCUUGUUGUUAUGAAACCAUUUAGUCUUUUAUCUUCCACUAACCCAAGUGUUCCUUUUAAGGGUUUUAGACCUCCAAUUUGCUCUUCAUUGAGCAGAUUUCAGCUAUGUAAAAACCCUAAUAGAGCUUUGUUAAGGAAACAGAAUUUGAUGUUUUGUUGGAAUUAUUCAAUUUGGAGAGGAACCCAUGUUUCAUUUUGCUAUGCUGAGGAUAUCUCAGAAGAUUUGGUGAAUAACCAGCCUCCUGAUAACUCUCAAAAUGUAGAAUUGAAUGAUAGUGAAGAGUUGGAGUUGUUGGAUAAGCCCUUACCGAUUGCGGUAAACGGUGCCUCUGAUACAAAGCUUGAGAAUGAACCCAAGAAACUGGAUAAAGAUGAAGCAUUGGAGCCUUUUCUAAAGUUCUUUAAAUCGAAAGAAUCGGUGGAAGAACUAGCUGAACAAGAUGAGGGGGGACGAGAAGUAGAUACUCAAAAGAUGGUUGUUGAGUAUUAUGAGCCCAAAACUGGGGAUUUUGUUGUUGGGGUAGUUGUUUCUGGUAAUGAAAAUAAGUUAGAUGUGAAUGUAGGGGCAGAUAUGUUGGGCACAAUGUUAACAAAAGAGAUUCUUCCAUUGUAUGACAAAGAGAUGGAUUACUUGUCGUGUGACUUAGAUAAGAAUGUUGAUGAAUUUAUGGCUAAUGGGAAGAUUGGGAUUGUCCACAAUGAGGAUGCAAUUAAGGGGAAACCCAUUUCUGGCAGACCUGUUGUGGAUGCUGGAACUGUUUUAUUUGCUGAGGUUCUUGGCAGAACACUUAGUGGCAGGCCGUUACUUUCGACACGGCGCUUCUUCAAACGAAUAGCUUGGCACCGUGUGAGGCAGAUACAACAUCUCGGCGAACCAAUUGAAGUUAGGAUUACAGAGUGGAACACAGGCGGUUUGCUUACAAGAAUUGAGGGUUUGCGAGCCUUCCUUCCGAAGGCCGAGUUGGUUGACAGAGUAAACACUUAUACUGAUUUGAAAUCCAAGGUAGGACGUCGGAUAUAUGUGCAAAUCAAUCGAAUAAAUGAAGAAAAUAAUGACUUAAUACUCAGUGAACGAGAAGCUUGGGAAAAGCUGUACCUACGUGAGGGAGCACUUUUAGAAGGAACUAUUAAGAAGAUUUACCCUUAUGGUGCCCAAGUCAAGAUAGGAGAAUCAAAUAGGAGUGGACUGCUGCAUGCAUCAAAUAUCAGCCGUGUCAAGUUUGAUUCAAUUAGUGAUCUAUUAGCUGUGGGGGAGAAGGUCAAAGUUCUAGUUAUAAGAUCUUUGUUCCCGGACAAGAUCUCUCUUAGCAUUGCGGAACUGGAAAGCGAGCCUGGCCUUUUCAUAUCGGACAAACAGAAAGUAUUUGCCGAGGCUGAAGAGAUGGCAAAGAAAUAUAGACUGAAACUCCCAAGGAUUUCUGCGACUCACAUGUCUGAACCGCCAAUUAGCGAUUUGUUGUUUGAAGAUGAAGCAAGUCUUUAUGCAAAUUGGAAGUGGUUUAAAUUCCAAAGAGAAAAUGAACCAGAUUCACAAUAAGCUAAAUCACGACAUUUUAUCGUUUCGAGGGCGGAGGACUUCAACUGGGUUGCGGGUCAGCUGUUAAGAUGGUCAUUCUGUUGCGACUUCGAUUAGUGAUUUGCAAACAUCUUAAGAAAUUGAAGAUCAUGAUUUGAAACACACGAGCUGGUGGAUUCAUCUCUCGAAAACGUAAGACAAUGAUUGGGACAUGGUGUCCUUCGAUUGCCCGCAUAAGCGUAGAAAGAGAUUUUUUUUGCAUUAGGUUCCCAUUAUGUGCACAAUUUGAUUGGGAAUUUUGAUUUGAUUAGAUAAACUUAUGUACACAUUUUUAGGUGAUUUUAUUUGGUUCGGACAAGCAAAAGUUGGCCUAGCAUUUAUCAUUUACUUUUAUGUAGUUUUUCGUAUCAUUAUACUUGGCGUGGCUUUUUAGACUAAAAAAUGACACUCAUUAAUAUACUUUUAUGUAGUUUUUCUAUUUCAUCAUACUUGUUGUAAUCGACUGUUUACGCAAUUUAAUACGUUAU